CUCGUUGUCACAUUGUCCAACAUGGCUGCGUCCGUGUUAUGGAGGCGCGGUUAUGUAUCGUGCCUUCCUCGGGGAAGACGUCUUUAUUUCACACCGAGGUCUAAGUUUCACUGUUCUCCGUCUGCACAUAACGGACUGCUCUUCUCUCUAAAUAAACGCGGUAUUCUGAAGGAUUGUUUCCCAGAAAACGCAGCUCAGGACGAGCUUCCUCUGUUGCUCCAAUCCGGUGCGCAGACUGUUUACUGCGGCUUUGACCCCACGGCCGACAGCCUCCAUGUGGGCAACUUGCUAGCUAUCAUCGGCUUGCUGCACUUCCGUAGCGCCGGGCACCAUGUCCUCGCUGUGCUCGGAGGAGCUACGGCACAAAUCGGGGACCCCAGCGGGAAGACGAGCGAGAGGGAGCGUCUGUCCGAGGACGCAGUGCACGCCAACACCCGCGGCAUCCGGGAGAGCAUCGAGAGGAUUUUCACCAACCACGAACUGCUGUUUCACGAUAGCUCCGUGAAGAUGGGCACCGUGACUGUGUUGAACAACCUGAGCUGGUACAAGAACUGGAACGUGGUGAGGUUUCUGUCGGAGGCUGGCAGGCACUUCAGAAUGGGCACCAUGCUCAGCCGCCACAGCGUGCGGUCCAGGCUGAAGAGCGCAGACGGCAUGAGCCUGACAGAGUUCACCUACCAGGCGUUCCAAGCUUAUGACUUCUACCAUCUGAACCAAAUCUAUGGCUGCAAGAUUCAGCUCGGAGGGACCGACCAGUCUGGCAAUUUGAUGUCUGGCCAUGAGUACAUUGGCAAAGUGAGCGGUGAGGAUGUGUAUGGCCUGACCAUUCCCUUGGUGACCAGCUCUGUCGGGGACAAGCUGGGGAAGACGGCGGGUAACGCAGUGUGGCUCAACAGAGACAAGACAUCUCCCUUUGAACUCUACCAGUUCUUUCUCAGGCAGCCUGACACCAGUGUGGAAGGAUACCUGAAGCUGUUCACCUUCCUGCCUCUGAUGGAGGUGGAAAAGCUGAUGGAACAGCAGAGAAAGGAUCCAGGGAAACGCCUCGCACACAAACGGCUGGCUGCAGAGGUGACGAAACUUGUGCAUGGAAAGGAGGGCCUUGAGAGUGCUAAGAGAAGUACCAAUGCACUGUACAACAGCAGUGUGCAGGCCUUAGAGGAAAUGAGUGAUGAGGAACUUCAGGAGCUCUUCAGGGAGGCGCCCUUCCAUGAGCUGCUGUUGGAGCCAGGGACCACUGUCAUAGACGCCUGCCGCAGGAUCAGUGCCAUACCAGAGGGACCCAGAGGGUAUCAGAUGGUUUCAGACGGAGCAGUGUUGAUCAACCACAAGCGAAUAGAAAACCCAGAGCAGGUGCUCAUCCCCAGAAUACACAUCCUGUCUAAUGGACUUACCUUGCUCAGAGUAGGCAAAAAGAACUACUACAUCAUCAGGUGGCUUGGUCUCUGAGACAGCCUGCUCUGGAAAAGGACCGGUUUACUUUAACAGACUGACUGGGAAGGUAGGCCACUCCAUGGCAGCAGGGUCAGUAAGGAAAUGCUGACGGGCUGAUAUUUUGGAAGAUCCUGGGUAUCAGGCAUAGAAUUUAGUAAAGUACAGUGGCUGUUAUUUAAGUGUGUACUUGAACAAAUGUGACAUUUAUCAAAGACUAAGUUAUUAAAAAGCAUUUUGUAUA